AUGAACAUUUUAAUUAAAUUUCUUCUUCUGACGUGUCUCAUCGUCAUAAUUGUUGAAGCGAAAUCAGUUAAAAAUGAACUUCCAACGAAACAAUGGUGGCAACGUGCCAAUUUUUAUCAACUUUAUCCGCGAAGUUUUAAGGACAGCAAUGGCGAUGGAAUUGGAGAUCUUAAAGGAAUGAUUGCUAAUUUUGAUCACUUGAAGGAACUUGGGAUUACGGCGACGUGGCUUUCUCCGAUUUUUGCAUCGCCGCAAAAGGAUUUGGGGUAUGACGUGUCGGAUUUUUACAAAAUUGACGAAGCUUACGGAGAUAUGAAGGACUUUGAAGCCCUUAUCGAACGUGCCCACAAUUUAAGUAUCAAAAUAAUGCUGGAUUACAUUCCGAAUCACACAAGUGACCAACAUCAAUGGUUCCAAGAUUCAGUGAAAAAAGUCAAUGGCAAAGACGAUUACUAUGUUUGGCGCAAUGGAACCCUUGACGAAAACAAUAAUCCAAAGCCGCCAAAUAAUUGGGUCUCCGUUUUUGGAGGACCUGCAUGGACUUAUCGCUCCGAACGAAAUCAAUGGUAUUUACAUCAAUUCACGAAAUACCAACCCGACUUGAAUUAUCGCAACCCCAAAGUGAAACAGGAAAUGACAGAAGUGAUAAAAUUCUAUUUAGACAAAGGCGUCGACGGAUUUCGUUUGGAUGCGAUAAAUCACAUGUUUGAAGACGACAAAUUUUUGGAUGAGCCAUUGACGGGUUGGGGUCAAGAAGGUACCUAUGACUAUUUGGAGCAUAUUUACACAAAAGAUCAGAACGAAACGUAUGACGUCGUUUAUGAAUGGCGCGAUUAUCUCGAAAAAUACACGAAAGAUAACAAUUUGACGGAUGAUAAGAUUUUAAUGACCGAAGCGUAUGCCAGCAUUGGAGAUACGAUGCGUUAUUACGAAUCCAAGGAUGGGAAACGAAAAGGAGCUCAUAUGCCAUUUAACUUUGAACUUAUUUACGCGCUGCAAGACGACCCAAAAGCACCGAGAAUUAAGGAAGGAAUCGAAAAUUGGUUGAAAAACAUGCCAACUGGACAUACGCCAAGUUGGGUUAUUGGAUCGCACGAUCACAGCAGAGUAGCGACACGCAUUAAACGGUUUCGAGCUGAAUUAGCAAACACUUUGUUGAUGACAUUGCCAGGAACGAGCAUUACUUAUUACGGAGAAGAAAUUUCAAUGUCGGAUAAUCUCGAUUUUGAAAUUGUCGUUGACAACAGAGAUCCAUGCCGAACCCCGAUGCAAUGGACAAACGGAACAAACGCCGGAUUUUCUGAAGGAGAAAAAACUUGGUUGCCCGUGAACCGAAAUUAUGAACAAAUUAACGUGGAAUUCAUGAAAGAUCGACCAGACAGUAUUUUUCAUCAAUUUACGGAACUCACAAAGUUGCGGAAUGAAAGAGCAUUUUUGCAUGGAGGACUGAAGUUGAAAGCAAUUAAUGAUGAUUUGCUCGUGUUUGAGAGGAAAUUUGAAAAUGAGGAAAGUUAUGUGAUGGUUGCGAAUAUUAAUAGACAUAACACUGCAUUUAAUUUGACGAAUGCGUUUGAAGAUGUGCCGCAAAAAAUGAAAAUUGUGUUUAAAACUUCAAAAGCGAGUUUUAAUGUUGGCGAUGAAGUUGACACGAGCAACAUGACAUUGGGAGAUUAUGCUGCGGUUAUUUUACGAUCACGUGAUAAUGGUGCCAAUGUCGCACAACUCUCAAUUGGAUUACUUCUUCUUGCGGUAGCGAGAUUCGUUUUCAUGGCCCAAUAA